AUGGACGUGGAAAUGGAGGGAGCAGACGAGGAUCAAACGCAAGACCAUGGGGAGGACAAAAAUAGGGAGACUGUGUCAUGGAUCAGCUGUGAUAUAUGUAAACGUUGGUACCAUGUGGCAUGUGCUGGGGCUAGAGACAAUGUGGAGGACAUUUUCUGCUGUGGAUGCCACAUGGUCAUCUCUAAGGAAACAAGAUUGACCAUGCCACAUUUGAGUACCAAUUUGAUGAGAGCAUUUGUGUCCAGUAAAAAGAAGGAUAUAGAGACAAUUACCAAAGAACUUUUGCUUGGGAAUAGAGCUUCCUGGAGGUAUGCAAUGAUGGAGAGAAUUGCUGAAGAGCAUGGCCGAAAACCAGUCAGGAAUGUGAAUCUACGAAAUGCCACACGAUUCCAGCUUGGGAGCAUUGCAGGAAUAAUGUUCUUAUCAGACAGAUCAAUAGAGAUAAUCAAUGCCUUCAUGAAACCAGUCACAGAUGCAUAUCCAAGGACAUCUUUUGACUUUAGUCAUUAUGUAAUCUAUCCAGAAAUUGUUGUACAUCUACUACAACAGAAGGACGGGUUUACAAAACUACAGGCAGAAAUGCUAUAUGAACUUUUUAGACACCCAUCGCAUUACACAGGGAUUUAAAGGAUGUAUAUCAAGUGCUACAUCAACUAUCAAGUGCUUUGAAAACAUUAGAGGCCCAUUAGAAAUAAGUUUUUUGUGGAAUAUCAUCAAUAAGAUUCAUUUUCAAUUCAAAAUGCAUGUGGUGCGUGGUAUUACCAUCGUCCAUUUCAACAUGCGGUCUCACUCUGUCAAUAUUUUAUUUUUAUGACAUGUCAAUAUUUUAUCAAUUUCUGUUUUCUUUACAUGGAAUAAAAAAUGAAUAUUUGCUCUAAAGGUUGAAGUAAGGAGCAUUAUGAUAUGUACACAGCAAUGUGCUGUAUUAAGGCUUUGAAAACACUGAAAACAUUUCUUUGGAAAGAUUUGGAAACUGCUAGUAGGCCUUUAUUACUGAAGGUGUUCCAAAAGUAAUAGUAGAGGUUAUAACUGUAUAAAGGCAUAACAAUCUAGUAUCUGGAUUAUAAAGUUCACAGUAUAGAAUACAUAGUGUAUACAUAAACAAAUAGUACAUAUAUUGGUGUAAUCUAUCUUUUGAUUUAAAUGAUGCUGAAUCUAUUAAUUUUGUAAAAUUAUGUAAAUUCAAACAAUUACCAAGAAGCGAGAAGGUAGUUACUGUAGAUUGGGAUAAUUUGGCGAUUUUGCCAUAUUUGGCAUAUUGGCGGAUAUGCAAAAAAAAAAAAAAAUUAAAUGCAAUGUUAAACGUGCGAAUUACUAUGUAAAUGGGCAUGUUUGGCUAUGUUAAUUUUUUCUUUUGAAGACCACUGGCGAUAUUCACCACAUUUGUACAUUUGUGUGAGAUCAUCCUUUACAUUUUGCACCUCAAUUGAUACUAGUAAUAGUUUUCCCUGAGUAUUA